UCAAAUAAAACGACGUCGUUCGUAGACGCAAGAGAGAAAACCAGAGGCGCUGAACGGAGAAAACAAAGGCCAAGAAGAGCAUAACGUUUCUCAAUUCUAAUCUCUCUAAUAUGGAACCUGCAUUUCGUCCGCAAGCCCUAAACCAUUUGACCCACAAUGGUCCAAUUUAGUCAUCAUCGUUGCAGUCGCAGCAUUGAAAAAAUGUCUUGGGGAUUGGGUUGGAAGAGGCCCUCCGAGAUCUUCCACCUCACGCUGAACUACAGUGGUGGGGACGAGGCGGUGGAAGAUCCCGGCCGUUCGUCGUCGGAAGAUCAGGAAUCAGGGUUUCGGAUUGAGCUGGAUUGGACGGCUGGAGAUGACGAAGAUCAGGUGGCUCUGAGGCUGCAGUCGCAGCUGAUGGUGGCUCUUCCCAUGCCGCAAGACUCUGUGGUCGUUCAACUUAAAGAAGGAGAAGGUGGCGGUGAUAAUGUGGGUGUGGAUAUGAAGGUGGUGAAGCGGAGAGACCCGCUUCGGGUCGUGAAGAUGUCAAAGACGGUCGGGUCGGGUCAACAGAGUGAUGGGAUUGGGGUUGUUACGAGAUUGAUGAGAUCGACUGUUAAGGAUGGUGUGGCGGCUUGUAAUGAGCAUUGGAAUAACGUUACUGUGCUCAACUUCUGUGGUUGCAGUUUGUCAGUAUUUCCAGUAGAGUUCACUCAACUGAUGCUUCUUGAGAAGCUAUGCCUUGAUAACAAUAAGCUAUCAGUUCUGCCAUCUGAGCUUGGCAAGCUAAAAAAUUUGAAAGUUCUCAGGGUGGACAACAAUAUGCUGGUCUCAGUACCUGUAGAACUGAGACAAUGUGUUGAACUGGUGGAACUGUCACUGGAGCACAACAAACUUGUCCGCCCUCUUCUUGAUUUCAGGGCUAUGGCCGAGUUACGUGUUUUAAGGCUAUUUGGUAAUCCCCUCGAAUUCCUUCCUGAAAUUUUGCCAUUGCACAAACUUCGCCACUUAUCCCUUGCAAAUAUCAGGAUUGUGGCUGAUGAACUUUUAAGAUCAGUGAAUGUGCAAAUAGAGAUGGAGAACAGUUCUUAUUUCAUUGCAUCUAGGCACAGGCUAAGUGCCUUCUUCUCUCUCAUCUUCCGUUUUUCUUCGUGUCAUCACCCCUUACUUGCAUCUGCACUAGCAAAGAUAAUGCAAGAUGAAGGAAACCGUGCAGUUGUUGGUAAAGAUGAGAAUGCAAUGCGGCAGCUCAUAAGCAUGAUAAGUAGUGACAAUCGUCAUGUGGUCGAACAAGCUUGCUCUGCUCUUUCUUCUCUUGCCAUGGAUGUUCCUGUGGCAAUGCAGUUGAUGAAAUCUGACAUCAUGCAACCCAUUCAAAGAGUGCUGAAAUCUGUCGCUCCAGAAGAACUAAUUUCUGUAUUGCAAGUUGUAGUCAACUUGGCUUUUGCAUCUGAUAUGGUAGCUCAGAAGAUGUUGACCAAGGAUGUAUUGAAAUCAUUGAAAUUGUUGUGUGCCCAUAAAAAUCCAGAGGUACAAAAGUUAGCUUUGUUAGCAGUUGGAAAUUUAGCCUUCUGUUUGGAGAAUCGCCGUACUCUGGUUACUUCUGAAAGCUUGAGGGAACUUCUCUUGCACUUGAUGGUUGUGCCUGAACCCCGUGUCAAUAAAGCCGCUGCCCGUGCACUGGCAAUUUUUGGAGAGAAUGAGAACCUACGGCGUGCCAUAAGAGGGAGACAGGUUGGGAAGAAAGGGCUUCGCAUACUUUCAAUGGAUGGGGGUGGCAUGAAGGGUCUGGGAACAGUGCAAGUUCUUAAAGAAAUUGAAAAGGGAACUGGAAAGCGGAUACAUGAGUUGUUCGACCUUAUAUGUGGUACAUCAACAGGUGGUAUGCUGGCCAUUGCUCUUGGAAUCAAACAGAUGACCUUGGACCAAUGUGAAGAAAUUUAUAAAAAUUUGGGAAAACUUGUGUUUACCGACCCUGUGCCAAAGGACAAUGAAGCUGCAACUUGGAGGGAAAAGCUGGAUCAGCUUUACAAAAGUUCGUCGCAGAGUUUCAGAGUCGUUGUACAUGGAUCUAAACACAGUGCAGAUCAGUUUGAGAGGUUGUUAAAGGAAAUGUGUGCAGAUGAGGAAGGAGACCUGUUAAUAGAGUCAGCAGUGAAAAACAUUCCAAAGGUUUUUGUAGUAUCAACUCUGGUGAGCGUUAUUCCAGCUCAGCCAUUCUUGUUCCGCAAUUAUCAGUAUCCAGUUGGCACACCAGAAAUACCUCUUGCAAUUCCUGAAAGUUCAGCAAUCAGUGGGCUAGGUGCAACUAGUACUGGUGCUCAAGUUGGUUAUAAACGCAGUGCUUUUAUUGGUAGUUGUAAGCAUCAUAUAUGGCAAGCUAUAAGAGCAUCAUCUGCUGCUCCAUACUAUCUUGAUGAUUUCUCUGAUGACAUGAAUCGCUGGCAAGAUGGUGCAAUAGUAGCUAAUAAUCCUACUGUUUUUUCCAUGAGGGAAGCACAACUCUUAUGGCCUGACACAAGAAUUGACACUUUAGUUUCCAUUGGAUGUGGCUCGGUUCCUACCAAGGUUCGAAAGGGUGGGUGGCGUUAUUUGGAUACUGGGCAAGUGUUGAUUGAGAGUGCGUGCUCAGUGGAUCGGGUAGAGGAAGCUUUGAGCACAUUGCUACCUAUGCUUCCUGAAAUACAUUAUUUUCGGUUUAACCCAGUUGAUGAACGGUGUGAUAUGGAGCUGGAUGAGACUGAUCCUGCAGUCUGGCUAAAAUUGGAAGCUGCAACUGAGGAGUACAUCCAGAACAACUCCCAGGCCUUCAAGAAUGUCUGUGAAAGACUACAGCCAGAUGAGAAGUGGUCUGAGAAUUUGAAACCUCAGUAUGUUCAUAAGACAAAGGCAUCAAAUACUGAUGAUAGUAGCCCGUCUUUAGGUUGGAGGCGUAAUGUGUUACUUGUUGAAGCUUCAUAUAGUCCUGAUUCAGGAAGAGUUGUUCACCACGCUCGGUCACUUGAGACAUUUUGUGCUCAUAAUGGAAUAAGAUUCUCUCUUAUGAAUGGGAUAUUAGAAAAUGCAAAGGCAGUGCCAGGAACCGCAUUCCCAACACCAUUUACAUCACCUCUAUUCACGGGAAGCUUCCCAUCAAGCCCUCUUCUAUAUAGUCCUGAUGUUGGCCCACAGAGGGUUGGUCGAAUUGAUUUGGUUCCACCUUUGAGUUUGGAUGGAUUUCAAUCUGGAAAAACUACUUCACACCCAAACUCUCCUUCAGGGCCCAGGCAGCUUUCUUUACCUGUCCAAUCAUUGCAUGAGAAACUACAGAAUUCACCACAAGUGGGCAUUAUACAUUUAGCCCUUCAAAAUGACUCGCUUGGUUCAAUUUUAAGUUGGCAAAAGGAUGUAUUUGUGGUUGCGGAACCUGGGGAACUCGCUGAUAAGUUUCUACAAAGUGUUAAGUUUAGCUUGUUAUCAGUGAUGCGGGCCCAUCGCCGAAGGGAUGCAUCAGUUCUGGCUGGAAUUUCAACCAUUGCUGAUAUGGUUGCACGUAGGCCAUGCUUCCAAAUUGGAGGUAUUGUCCACCGUUAUAUAGGCCGCCAAACACAAGUUAUGGAAGAUGAUCAAGAAAUUGGGGCAUACAUGUUUCGAAGAACAGUUCCUUCUUUGCACUUAACGGCUGAUGAUGUUCGUUGGAUGGUUGGAGCUUGGAGGGACAGGAUUAUAAUCUGCACUGGGACCUAUGGACCUACCUCAACUUUAAUUAAGGCCUUUCUAGACUCCGGUGCCAAGGCAGUUAUAUGCCCUUCAGUUGAACCCCCAGAAACGCAGUCUGUGGCUUUCCAUGGAUCAGGGGAGUUCAAUUAUGGGGAGAAUGGAAAGUUUGAGAUUGGAGAGGAAGAGGCUGAAGAUGAAGAGGCAGAACUUUCUACUCCAGUGAGCGACUGGGAAGAUAGUGAUGCUGAGAAAAAUGGGGAGAAUUUUAUGCAGUUCUGGGAUGAUGAUGAGGCUGAAUUGUCACAAUUCAUCUGUCAACUGUAUGACUCAUUGUUCCGGGAAGGCUCAACUGUAGAUGAUGCUCUACAGCAUGCUCUUGCAGCUCAUAGGAAGCUGAGGUAUUCAUGCCAUCUCCCCAGUAUACUAUAGUAUAUCAAAUAAAUUUUACUCAAGAAAAUUAAGAGUUAAAAACAGAAAACUAAAGGAAUAACAGCAUAGAUGAGUAACAGAAAUAAUCGGAGGGAAUAAAGGGGAACAUGCAAUUUUGAGGCUUACAAAUUGUUGUAUUUGUCUAUUGUAAGAAACUUCUUGAAUCAAGGACAUGGACAUGAGACUAUCACAUUUUUUAGUACCAUACCUGCAUGAAUAAGAUAUUUCCCCAAAACGACUUCUUCCCUGACCA